AUGCAACAGGAUAAAGGAGAUAGUUUGACCGAGGGAUAUGAAUUAGAGUUAUGGGAUUUCACUUGCAUCAGUGUGACUCAGAACGACCUGCAAGAGUUAAAGGAUAUAUGGAAUAGUUGGAAUGGUGAAGUCAAACAACUCUUUUACUGUAACUACGGUGACUUACCCUAUUUGCUCGAUGUAAAAGUGGACAAGUACUUAUUUCGGGCCCUCGCACAAUUUUGGAACCCCGCUUACAGUUGCUUCACUUUUGGAGGAAUUGAUUUAGUACCUACGGUGGAGGAAUAUAUGGCGUUACUUAAUUGCUCGAAGAUUCAGGCUGAUAGGGCUUAUUCAAGACCUGUCAACAUUCCUCCCUUUUUGAAGAAAUUGAUGAAUAUCACAGGGAUGAGCGAACAAUGGGUUACGGCCCGCAUCAAGGAAAAAGGGGAUAGUAAAUGUAUUCCUUGGAGGAAUUUGAGGGACUUGAUCCUUGCACACCCAGAUUCAAAAAAAAAGGUUGAUGUUUUUGCCUUAAGCAUCUACGGUUUGAUCGUCUUUCCUAAAGCACUUGGACACAUAGAUAAAGUCGUCUCAGAUUUAUUCGAUCGACUUGAUAAAGGUACCACACCCGUCCCAGCAAUCCUAGCAGAAACUUUUCGAUCCUUGAAUGCAUGCCGGACAGCAGGCAAAGGAAGAUUUAUUGGUUGCGCACAACUUCUUUUAGCUUGGUGCGGUGAUUUUGACUGGGUCCCUCUGGCUGGAAUAUGGGGGCCUGUUGGAUACGCUCCACUGAUGGUGUUAAGACAGUAUCGAUCAAGGCAGUUUAUACUGGUGACACAAGGGUUGGCACAAUGUGAGUUCCCCUAUAAAGACAACAAUUAUAAGAAGAGGGUUCGCGAGAUAUCAGAUGCAUGGAACCAAACUCGAAGAAUGAAAGGAUUCACCGCAGGCCCGAUGACGACCCCUAAGUAUGAAUGGUGA